AUGUCCGCGUUAAUAUGCUGGAUAUUGAUCGUCGAGUGCGUGAUGGAAAUCAAAAUCGUACAUGGGUAGGUAACGUCGUGAUAAUAUGUGAAGGGCACACGGGGCGAGAAAGGCGAGUGGUAGUCCAUUUUUGAAAAUCGUUCAGCAGAACGUGACUUCUCUACGGCGCCGCGGACUACACGUGGAAAAUAAACCUAAUGUCGAGGACAUUAUCUGUGUGUUUACCGAGGUUCGUUUCGAUAAUUUUAACUUUGCCAUGAUUACGAGCGGGUGUGAAAUGUCGCAAUUUGAAAAUGAUUAUACCCCGCUUGAAAAGUAAGAUGUCGAGAAAAACAACCGACGUACACAGACAAUGUUCCCUCCAUUAAGUAUGGUAAUAGUUUCGAUUCACUCUUAUGUAACUAACAGUAGUACGAAAUAAUUGAUACUGCUGAACGCAAAACUUUGUUACGCCUUACGAACGUGUGAGCACAUACAGGUAUGGAAUCCUUUUGAGACGCCACAGUUGGCCGUUUCUGUUUGUCUAACGAGCGAUUUAGAAAAAAUGCAUUUUUGAAGUUUCAACGGUGCACACUGGUUUUAAUAGACUCAACACAGAAAUUAUUCCACCGACGACCCAUUGAUCCAUUAUGUUUGCAUAGACAAGCUUUUAAUGGCGUUAAUUAUUAAUGACAACAAAAUCGUCCAUUACUAUAUUGUGUUUACAGUGGAAUUUGUUGAUUUUUUUUUUUUCUCUUUUAACCGUAAGGUAAUAUGUAUUAAUGAAAAUAAACACGAAAAAUCAUCCCUUUGUGAAAACACGAUAAAUAUCGUCGCCUUUGUUCGAUUUAAAAAUAUCUGUUUUAAGUCUAUUGGAGCCAAAUUAGAUGCGUACCGCUGGGUACUCUGAAAACACUUUUUUUUUUUUUCGUUGCCUGUUAACCGCUACAAAAGACAUAUGCCACUGCGAUGUUAUCGUUUACAGAGCGAUCUAUUUAUCGUAAACCAGCGAUUUUCCUAUAAUUUCUAUAACUCUGAUUUCAAAUACGUUUUACGUUCUGAGUGUCACGAGUGAGAACUGCUAUUGCAUCUCCUUGCAUCAUUCCUCCUCCCGGAGUUCGUGUACAAACGUUUUUUAGAUGCGAAGCAAAGCGAGUAAUGUGUAGGUUUUACAAUGUUUAUUUUUUUUUUAUUUUUAUCUGUGAACAAUUUUUCUACCAGAAAUCUUGCUUCGUUCUUCAAGUGUUGUACAUUUUUUGAAAGGUAAUUUUAUCCGGGUGGUAUUUUAGGGAGGUGUUUUUUUUUUUUGAUUUUUCAAGCGGUUUCCAUAAUGAUUGGAAAAACCCGGGGAAACCGUAGGACAAACGGGAAAAUUUACUUGUGGGUACACGUGUAAAAAAAAAACUGCAUUCCGAAUCGUUUUUCAUUUGCAGCGGUUUAUCGUCGCGUCGGUGAUAUAAAUUCGAUUCCCCUCUAUAUCGUCGUACCUUGCAAACUUCUCGCCUACAACAGUGGUCUACCAUACGUCGUGCGGCGAAGUAUAUCCAUCUGUUUGGUUUUUUUUCGUUUUUUUAUCAUUUUUUUUUUUCUUCUUCUUCAACACGGACAGCGCAGGGAGGCGCGUGCAGUUUCCUCGCGCAAUGCAUUGCGCCUCGUGCCCGUUUAACGCGACAUCGCGCGGUUCUCGUUACACGAUCGGGGGGGAGGGGGAGGGGGCGAUAUUUCUCCCCCCCCCCUCUCGAUCUGACAGUUUUUUUUUCCGCGCGGAAUACAAAUAACACGUCAAGUUGCAUAACGAAAUAACGAUACAGUUGUAUGUACAGGCGCGAGGGGCCGCCCGGUGCCGGCUAUUAUUUUUCGAAUACACACACACACACACACACACACACACAAACAAGACGUGCAACACACCGGCCGGUAACACAGUAGCCGUAACACCAUAAUAACGUGUAAAUAAUUAUUAUAUAACGGAUUUUCCAUCGCGCGCCGUUACAUAAAAAAAAAAAAAAAAAACCGUUUUGAUAUCAUACGCUUCGCGACGGUAAUAUUUCUUAAUAAUACAGACCGAGAGAAAGAAAGAAAGGAGAAAAAAAACUCGAUUAAAAUGGCGAACGAAUUGCGCGCGUGUGCGGUUCGCGCCCGAUUCCGGAAGGAUAAUUUUAUUUUAUUUUUCGAUUUCGGUCGGGUUAGGUUAGGUCGGCGAAAAUCCGGCCGAUCGGAGUUGCCCGGCGGACGUCGCGUGGAGGUCCGCGUAGAGAGUCUCCCGAAAACAUUGGUUCCCGUUACUUUACACUUUUCUUAUAAAAUUGUACAGCUGUUACUGUUUUAUUAUCGAAUAUUUAAAUCAUUAUUAUUAUUUUUAUUUUUUUUUUUUCACAAUAGGAAGAACGGAAAACGAAUCGCGGUUAAUCGAAAAAUCGCUUUUUCGAGUAGUUGAUCAGCCGUUCUAUCGAUAAAUAUUGCUCAUACGAAUGAUCGAACGUAAAAACAAAAAAAACAAAAAAACACAUUGAACAACAACUCCGAGCAUACUCAUUCGGUUAACAUAUUUUAAACAAACCCGAACGGUUUACAUUUUCUCGAAACCCACAUCCGCACCAUUGGAAUAUGAAAUAGGUCAGAUUAGCACCCAAAAUGGUAAUAGCUAAUAAAUAACGAAUAAUAAACUAUUCGGUUUUUCGAUGGUUUUGUUUAACGACAACGAUUGAACUUUCAUAUCGACACAGUGGCGGUGAAUAUCGGGGCCGAUAUGACGAAAAAGUCAAUGUCCUAAAUUAUCUGCUGACUAUACAGAUAUAUUUUUUUUCUUACGGGGGGAAUUUAGACAAUUAUACUUCCAUACUCUAUUAUUAAAAUAUAGACGAAUUUUCUUCAAUUUGUAAAACCGUAGUUUUUGCUUACUCAAUAAAAUCGCAAAGCCCUAAAGGAAACUUUUUUCUUUUCAAAAGAGAAAAAUAAUUGAUCGUAAUCGGAUCACUCCAAGAGACGUGACUAUUUCCUGUAGAGCAUAUUUUGAGAAUUGAAAACAGUUCACGUUGGUUUUCUUGAUAUGAAAGCUAAACUUAUUGUUCCGACUUGUUAAAACGAUAUUUACUAAAAAUUCGAUUUCACCAAAGAAACAAAUUAUUUGUAUACAUAUUCUUCUCCUACGCCUUUAUUUCACCUCGGCCACUUUUAUUAUUUUACUCCACACCUCCAUACCAUCCGUCACCAUUUCUUCAUCCAAUCUUCACGACUUAAAUCUUCUGUUCCUAUGAUAAUAUUUUUACGCAAAUUUUUCUUCGGCCCAUAAUAUUUCUUCCCGCCGGCAGUGUCCAUCUUCCGACACUUGAAUCACGCAUCGUCUGGACUUUUUAUACCACUUAAAAUCUCAUCGUUUCUCAUUUGCUCAGAGUGGCCGAAAAGUCCGCUGAAAUAUUUCACAAUAAUAUACUCAAAAUAUACUCGAACGGUAUCAUUAUUAUUAUUUUUGUUCGCGUUUUGUUUUUCUAGAAACGAUCGGGUCAUCAUAACGGUUCCCGUGCACAUCAGAAAGCUGCAUCACACGAAAACGAUCUACAAGAUUAUCGAAAAACCCGUUUACAAACUUCCCGAUGUGCAGCAGCCGGACCAGCCCAAGACGUUGUCGGCUACGCCUGCGGUACUCGGCGAGCCGGCCGCGAUGACGGCGCUCUACGGUGUAGAGCCGAAUAAUACCGACGGCGGGUCGGCCAAGCACCCGCACGACUUCAGCGUCGGCAACAACGAAACGUCGUACUGGCACGGAGAAAAGUCGACGGAGGGAGACGACGACGACGACGACGGCGGCGUUGACGGCCGUAACGUCCGUAACGUAGGCCCGGGGUACGGCAUCCGUCCGGCCACGGCCAUGGCCGGUUACGGAUACAAGACGAUGGAGCCCGACGACGAUAUCGAAGACGAAGUGGAAGCCAGGCGCGAGGACACGGGGCACGGCCGCGGCUACGGGCACUUCGACCGCGGCUACGGGCCCCCGGACCGCGGGUUAACGUACAUGGUGCGAAAAUACCCGCGGCCACCGGCGCCCGUCGUGGAGCUCGGCAGCGAGUCGCGCCGUCAAGUGCGCGGACCGCACACGGGCCGCAUUGGCGACCGAAUAUGGCACGUCCGGGAACCUAUGCACGGGCACUUUGCAGGCGGUGACCUGUGGCGGGACCACCAUCAGAAGCAACAACUGAAGCAGCAGCAGCAGUACGCGGUCGCUCUAAAGCCGCCGGGGAGGUUCGGGGCCGGCUGGCAUUCCGCGGCGGCCGCCCCCGCGACCGUCGUCCCGGUACUGCUGCACGACGGCUCGCAGCAGUACAAAUACCGCAAGUUGCCCGUCGCGAUCGGGCCGCAAAACGGAUACCGCGUGCGGGAGAACGUGGCCGAGUUCGACGACCCGUUCCCGAUCACCGUGCCGUCGCCUCCACCGCCGCCGCCGCCGCGAGCGAACGCGUUCCCGGCGGCCGCCGGCGACCACAACUACUCUCGGCCGGAAGGCGUCAUGUCCGUUUCGGCGGUUGACUCGCCGCAAAUCGUCAGAAACGUGUACUACACUCUGGACCCGGUCGUACCGUACCACGAACGCUCGAAACCUUUUCCGCCAAACCGCAGGAUCCUGUGA